AUGAUGCGCCUGGAGCUUCUCAAGCUGGUAGGGGGAAUACAACCAAAAGACAGACAUCGGUGUCAUCGUGACAAGGAACAGCACGCUCAGUGCAAUCAUACUUCACUAAAGAAUGUGACGUAUUGUCAUAUAUGGCAUUUGGAAAGCACUUCACUAAAUAAUGUGACCACUUCACUAAAUAAUGUGACGUAUUGCCAUAUAUGGCAUUUGGAAUGCACUUCACGAAACAAUGUGACGUAUUGUCAUAUAUUGCAAUUGGAAAGCACUUCACUAAAGAAUGUAUGA